AUUUCGGUUCUUCCAAAAUCCCAAAAUCAUUUUAUCCCCUUCUCCUCAGAGAAGGAAGGAUUCCCACCAAAUCCUAAUCCUAUUCCUAAUCGGACACACAGAAUUCGAACAAGCUUGGGUGGCCGGCCGGCCUACUGAGAGAAUGGCGAAAUUGAGAACGGCCAUGGAUGCUGCAUUUUGGGACCUGGACAUUUCUACUCCACUGGUUCUCGACGGCGUCGCGAAGGCCGUUCCAGGGGAACCUAUCCCCCUCGACGGAGCCAGAGCGAGUAAAUCGUUGAGAAUUCAGCAGUUGGCUUUUCUGAAAAAUGGCUUUCCGUUGGGGAUAUUACCGUCGAUAUCUCCGUCGCCGAAUCGCAAGGAAGUGGGCGCUUUAGCGCUGCAGUCCGUCCUGGGACCAUUAGGUGUGCAGAACUGGUGGGUAGGAUUAAUUGGCCAAAUUCGUCCUAAGAAACUUAUAUCUUCUAUUAAAGCUGAGGUGAAAUCUGCAGAAGAAUGGGAUCUUUCGUUGCUUAAAGAUGCUGCUAGGCAUGUCUUGGACAAGUCGCUCUAUGCAGUUGGGCUAACAUCACAAAUAGCAUUACCUACAUCGACUUCCAUACUAUUGAGCACCGAAAGCCAUGGUGAGAGGAACAAGAGACGCACAAAGGCCUCGCUCUUUCACAAGCUUCCAAAUCACGAUAUUACUGUAGAAGCUGCAUGGCCUCAGCUGUUCAUUGAUCAGAAAGGGAAAUACUGGGAUGUUCCAGAAUCUAUAUCCAUGGAUUGUGCAUCACUAGUCUCUGACUCAGGAAUGCGAUAUCGUUUUGGUGUACACAAAACUGUUGGCGUUCCAAAGUCAGUUGACUCUUAUAAUACUGAAUCUUUACCUGGACUAUUGCCUGGGCUGUGUGCAAAAGCUGCUGUUUCUUUUGAGAAGGCGAAGGAAUUUUGGAGGAUAAAGGAAACAAAGGAGGAUUGCAUAAUAGAGGUGGAAGAUGGUCAAAUCUGGCGCCCUGCAUACGAUAUCCGUCUCCGGGAGCCACAUGCUGCAAUUUCUGGAAUUAUAGGGGCUACUUGUGCUGCUUGGUUACACGGUGAGAAAGAUGAUAAGAAGAGGAGGUUUGGAGCUGAUUUAUUCAGUUCGGUGUGCUACACAUUCCAACAUGGGAAAUUCAGGGAGUAUUAUGGCGACCUCACGAGGGUAGAUGCUCGCUUGGAUGUUAAUUCAUUUUCAGCUCUUGCCGAAAAGGCUUCUGGUCUUUUCAGGACCGAGCAGCAGACCAAUCAGGCACGGAAUGAACUCGGUUCUCCAAAACUAAAUCUAAUAGUCCAACAACAGGUUGCAGGACCGAUUGUUUUUCGAGUGGAUUCCAAGUUUUCCCUUGGUUCAUCUUCCGGGAGGAAUGGACCACACUUGGAAGAUCUGAUAUAUAGCCUAAGUUACUCUUUGAGGCUCCUUGGCUCAGGUAAGGUUGUAGCUUGGUAUUCUGGGAAACGGAAAGAGGGAAUGAUUGAGUUACGUAUGCUUGAGUUUUAGCUUACAUUUAGUGAUUAUGUCAAAACUCAUGAAAUUUUCACUUCAAAUUAUUCACUCUUAUUGUCUUGUUGCUUUGCUGAGGCUUGGGUGCA